AUGUUCUCUACACGAUCCAGCCUGAGCCCACGAAAGUCACCGUGGACGAAGCACUUGGUGACUCGCUCAAUGGGUGGUAGCCCUGCCAAGUCGGGGAAACCCUCUCCCAGCCAUGAACGCUCUCAGAGCACACCCAUGACGCUUGCGCUCCCUCGUGAAUACCCCCCUACGCCUCACCUAGACGAGACUGUUGACACCACUCCCUUCUCUGAAUCAUUCUCCACCCUCCUCCGAUUCUCGCCAUACAAGGAUGAAACGGUUGCGGCGACCCCAGCGCUUGCGGAGAGUGGGGACGUCUUCCAACGCGCGCCGGCGCAUAAAUCGAUCCGUCAUGAAGCGAGCUACGUCGUUGAGGCCGUUAGUAAUAUACGUGACGUUGACUCCGAAUGGGACGACGAAGAUAUAGUCGAGGUUAUGGUUGUCCGGGGCGGCGGAAAGACCAAGAAGAAUGCAACUUGUACACCCAAACGUCCUCUGAAGGAUGAUCGCGAGGAAUUUGCGACGACGCCUGCGCCUGCGCCGCCUUUACCGUUGCCCAUGUCCGACAGUUACUCUAUCCUCCGUACCCUGUACCACUCGCAACCCGCCGCGCGCACGAUAUAUCUCGCCUACGCCCAGAAAUCCGCCGGGCUUGUCGUAGUACGCGCGUACAGACAUCCAGUAGGGGAAAAGGCUCAGGCCGAACGUGACACCCUGAGGGCUAUCUCAGAAGUGGACGCCGAGGACGAAAGCCCUUAUCUCGAUCGCCUGAUCUAUGCAUGGGAAGACGACAAGUCUGCCUACCUUGUCACGCCGUAUCAUCAUGGUGGCACGCUGUUGCAGUACAUUCAGAAUCAGGGACCGGUGACGCGUCAACUUCUUCGUACGUGGGGUGCAGAACUUGCCUGCGGACUGAUUUCUCUUCAUGAUCUCGGUGUCAUUCAUGGGGCCGUCAGACCAUCCGUCGUACAAUUACGCGCGAACGGCCAUCUCAUACUCGGUGGAUUCGAGAACGCGAUGCAUUUCAUGCGAGCGGCGCCACGCCCUGUCGACCGUGAGACGGCUGGAGAGUGGCAUCACGCACCAGAGGCCCUCCUUGGCUGGGAGACAGGUCCUGAAGCCGAUUGGUGGGCCUACGGUAUCGUCCUUUCCUGGAUGGCACUCGGACAGCAUCCAUUCUCUCUAUCUGCGUCCGAAAAACUCCGCAGCGACACCAUGAAGAAGCGCAUCCUUGCCGGGACGACGUCCUGCGUUGCACUGAACAGGCUUGAUCCGUCCCUCCGUGGGCUGAUUGAGGAGUGCCUCGAACGCAACCCUGCGAAACGCCUUGGGUUUUUGGCUGUUUGCGAACACCCGAUAUUCGCUGAUAUCGAAUGGGGCACCGUUCUUCACGAAUCGGGACAGGACCUGGACGUUAUUCUGCCGCCAGCAGUGUAUCCUGCCUCUGACUCCCCUGAGCGACCCGUGGUACUAACCCCUUCGCUCCAUACGAAGCGCUCGAAAGCAUCUGUACAGCCUUCGCGCAUUGCGCUUCCUCCGUCGCCCAAGCCCAAUGACAUCAAACAUCGCCACGCACGCACGCUUUCUCAUGCAACGUCGCUCAGCACUUUCUCAUCCGCUCAUCGUGCCGUACUUGGUCGAGCAACUCGUACCCGGCUUCCUGCAGCCCGACCAAUAUCGAUAGCGGUACCGGCGUCUCCCACUACGCAGGCCUCCUUGCGCGGUCAGAGUCCACAGAGUCCUCCUCUCACGCCCAGCCUAUCUCUCUCGCCUCCGACAACAUCUAGUACGCGAAGCUCCAUCCAGACUCCCGCCACUACGCCUCUGCCUCAAGCGGCAGAGAUCAAGGAUAUACCCUCACCUACGCCGAGCGAGGCUGGCCUUGGUUCUCCGGCGCUUUCGUCCUUCAUCGGCUCGCCCAUUCUUACCUCGUCGCCUGCUAUUCGGCUACGACCGCCCAAUCCUGCGCCGGACCGCACAUUGCCGCUUCCACUUGCUGACAGCCCGGUCGGGCUCGACACCAGCAUGUUGACAGUGCGCGCAUCUAUGGUGCCGAAGCCAGUUCCUGCUGGACUUGGGCUCACCAUGAUCGAUGUCGAGGGAAGAUGCGAGGACGUGGAUGAGUUUGGAAUGUGGACCGCCGCUACAUCCAUGGAUGUCUUGAACGGGCAUGAUGAAGGCCAAUAUGACCACAGGCAGGAGAAGGUUGAUGAGGGCGACGAUGAAGAGUGUGACGUUCAAGGCCUGGCUGACACGACCUCUCUCCGUUUGCGUGUUCGUGAUAAGCUGCGCCGUAGGCGGCGCGAAGCGGUAGCUGUGACUCCGACCAAGAAGGGUGGGCGCGAGGGAACGCUGCUCACGCGAGAGGACCUCGCGGACAUUGAGAUCACCGUGCCAGAGCUCGAUUGGUAUCCUGAUCACCCUGGUCUCCCUCCGCCACGCCUUAUGGUCAAUGGCGAGCCAGGACAUGACGGGCUGGAUGUAAAUGCCGACCCGUUCCGCGCCUCCGCCGCGUCAAUGAUGCCGGAUGCCCCUGCCGAUAUACCAACGCCGACGAUCGACGAGGGCGCGUUUACUGUGCGCAAGAACCAAUCCUUCCGCUGGAGCGCUCUCUCGUUAGAGCAGGCAGGCCAGUUCACAAAGACCCCGCCUGUACCAUCCCCCGUUCGCAGCGUCGGCGGUCGUAUCCUGCGCAACGGCGAGGCUCUUCUUCGCCGUAGCCAGUAUUCGCUUCGCUCGCGCUGGAGCCGCGCACCUUCCCACGCAGCUAUGCCCAAUGCACCUCCGGAGACGCCAGCUAUAGCUCCAUCGCCAUCACUCGUCGAUCAACCUUCGACUACGGCAGGGGUAAUCCUCAAGCCAGAUCCGCGCGAGGGGGAGCCCGUAGGUCUCGGAGCGGGUGUGCGACGCAUUGGGCGAGGUAUUGGAUUCACGCAGAAGUCACCGACCUCUUCACCUGCAUCUGCGAGGUAUCAGACGCAACCCCAGCCGAGCGUGCAGAUCCGACAGCCCUCUGCGGUAUGCAUGAACUUUGACGACUCUAUGGAGAUCCCUCGUGGUUGCUACUCUGGUUUCUCCAUGCGUCGCAGGCGGGCUAGCGCGCGCCCGAUCAUCGAAGUUGAAACUGCACCUGCGCGGGAGGGGACAAUGCCGGGUAGCAAGAUCGCCAUGCCAUUAACAAAGACUGCGUUUGGAACACUCUGA